AUGAUUUCUGAGAAACCAUUGGGAGAGGAGUCCAUCCGGCAGGAUCUAGAGGUUUUAACAGUCUCGAAGCGGCUCGUGAAAAGUGUCAGCCAGAAGUUAAAGAAGAAGAUUCAUAAAUCCGAGGCGGAAGAUGAAGAGGAUGCAAGAAGAGCGAUGAAUUGUCUAAACAUAAGCGGUAGAGGUGUUGGUUGCAGAGUUGCUGACACAGGUGAGGACUUUGAGGAUCCGAGCCAUAAGAGAUGGUCCAGUGCUAGCGAGGAAGGUAAAGGACUGACAACCAUUUGUGGAACCGAAGAAACUCGGUUAGAUUGCUUCUCUCACGGUGUAAGAGAGAUGUUCUGGAAGAAGAAUAAUAACAGAAAGUAUCUUGAGCUAGAGAGCUCGGCGCAGGAUAAUAACCGAAAGCACAUAUUCCUCCCUGAUGAUAUCCUGGAAAUGUGCUUGAUGAGGCUUCCUUUGACCAGCCUAUUGAACGCGCACCUCGUUUGCAAGAAGUGGCGAUGCAUGGCCACCACGCAGCGGUUUCUCCAGCUGAGACGAGACGGCUCCUUUCAGACCCCAUGGCUGUUUCUGUUUGCCGCUGUGAAAGACGGCUGCUCCUCCGGUGAAAUCCACGGGUACGAUGUAUCUCAAGACAAGUGGCAUCGGCUUGAGUCUGAUGUGCUUAAAGGGCGGUUUAUGUACUCAGUGACGAGUAUUCACGAGGAGGUUUAUAUAGUUGGAGGUCGUUCUGUGGAGAGAAGCUCUUUCAAGACUCACAGAGGGAUCUUAGUGUUCAGCCCUUUAACCAAAUCCUGGCGUAAGAUUGGGUCUAUGAGACAUGCUAGAUCACUCCCCAUUGUUGGUGCCUCUGAAGUUACUUCAGAUUUCUCCACCAUACAGAGCCAACAGAACCGCCAAGAUAGACGCUUUCACCGGUCAAGAAUCAGCGGAGAGUCAGACGUUUACGAAGACCCUCACAGGCUAUCCGUAAGACGCCAACACCGAAACUCUGCUGAUCUAAACGGAACUAAAUCCCACAGAUCAGCAAGACUAAAGCUUGACCGGCUUAACCGAAACAGCUCCAAGAGGUUUGUGCUCAUUGCCAUCGGAGGCACUGGACUGUACGAUGAGCCGCUGGAUUCAGGUGAGAUCUACGACUCGGCGACGAACACAUGGUCAGAAAUCCAAAGACUCCCGAUGGAUUUUGGAGUUGUAUGCUGUGGGAUCAUAUGCAAUGGGAUCUUCUACGCUUACUCCGAGAAUGAUAAGCUGUCAGGGUUUGACAUAGAGAGAGGCUUCUGGAUUGCGAUUCAAACAUCUCCGGUCCCGCCUCGGGUUCAUGAGUUCUUCCCUCAGCUCAUCUCCUGCAACCACCGGUUGUUCAUGCUUUCAGUCUCGUGGUGCGACGAUGGAGAUGGACAGAUCGGGAGGAGAAACAAAGCGGUGAGGAAGCUGUGGGAGCUGGAUCUUGUGUACCUCACGUGGACCGAGGUCUCUGUACACCCUGACGCACCGAUGGAUUGGAACGCCACGUACGUCUCGGACCAGAACAUACUAAUGGGAGUUGAGAUGUUCAAGAUCUUUGGGCAGGCGUUAGGCUUCUUCACUGUCUGCGAUGUAUCAACAGAGGAAGCCUCUUGGAGACAUGUUUCGAGGAACCACAGGACUCAGAAACUUAAUCUAUCUUGUAUGAACAAGACCGUUGCCUUGCUUCAUCUCUGA